GUGUGUGAGAACUGAAACAGAAGGAGAACUGGAUUUUUGCGCUUCGAUGAGUCAAAACGUCGAAGUAAAUUAUGACUUUUAAAGCCGACAGCAGGCAAAGAUGCAAUGGAGAUCAAUAGUCGUGGGUCUUCUCGUUCUAAGGGUGGUUCUGAAUUGCGCCGUGUGGCUAAUGUUUGGACUGGGACCUAGCUGGGGCUUUGACUUCCCCAUCAAAUUCGCCUUCAACUUGCAUAAAAUCGAACUGCUCAAGGAUGGAGACAGAGCCACAGCUAUACCCAACGCCUGGUCACAGCACAUGUACGAAAACAGAAACCCUCAGGCAAAGACCUGCUCAAAGAUCAGUGGGAAUUCACCAAAGAAAUCCUACCUCAGUUUCUUUCAGGAGGGCAGAGAUGAGUACGAUAGAAAGUACAGCUCCUUCCCUGACGCGCUGAAAGUGAAGAUGAGGGGAAUGGCGAGAGACAUGUUUUAUUUCGGAUAUGAUAACUACAUGAAGUUUGCCUUUCCAGAGGAUGAACUGAACCCUAUAGCUUGUGAAGGUCGAGGACCUGACGUCCUCAACCCGUCAAAUAUCAACAUUAAUGAUGUCCUUGGAAACUACUCUUUAACCCUCAUCGAUGUUCUUGAUACACUGUUGGUGCUUGGAAAUGUGACGGAGUUCCAUAGAGCUGUCAAGCUGGUUAUUGAAACAGUCUCUUUUGACAAGAACUCCACCGUUCAAGUCUUUGAGGCUAACAUAAGGAUCCUUGGCAGUUUGAUCUCGGCCCAUAUUCUGCUGACUGACCCCCGGCACCCAUUUGGUGACAUAGGACUGAAGGACUAUGACAAUGAGCUGCUACAUCUGGCACACGACCUGGCUGUGCGACUGCUGCCUGCCUUUGAGAACACUAGCACGGGCAUUCCCUACCCCAGGGUGAAUUUAAAGACCGGCGUUCCUCUUGAUAGCAUUAACGAGACCUGUACGGCAGGAGCAGGCUCUCUGCUUGUAGAGUUUGGCAUUCUUAGCCGUCUGAUUGGUGACUCUACAUUUGAGUGGGUCGCCCGGCGGGCUGUUAAAGCUCUAUGGAACUUGAGAAGUAAUGAAACAGGGCUGCUGGGUAAUGUGGUGAACAUUCAGACUGGUCAGUGGGUUGGAAAGCAGAGUGGUCUUGGUGCUGGCAUGGACUCAUUCUAUGAGUACCUUCUCAAGUCUUACAUCUUGUUUGGAGAGAAAGAAGACUACAGGAUGUUCUCGGCAGCUUACGAGAGCAUUCAGAGUCACCUGAGAAGGGGAAGAGAGGCAUGCAAUGAAGGGGAAGGCGACCCACCACUUUAUGUGAAUGUGAACAUGUUUAAUGGACAGAUAAUGAACACUUGGAUUGACUCCCUGCAGGCAUUCUUCCCUGGCCUACAGGUUUUGAAUGGAGAUGUUGAAAAUGCCAUUUGCCUUCAUGCCUUCUACUAUGCAAUCUGGAAGCGCUUCGGUGCUCUUCCUGAGAGAUAUAACUGGCAGCUUCAGGCCCCAGAUGUGCUCUUUUACCCUUUAAGACCCGAACUAGUGGAAUCCACAUACCUGCUCUACCAGGCAACCAAGAAUCCUUUUUAUCUUCAUGUUGGAAGGGACAUUCUUGAAAGCCUUGAAAAGAAUACCAAAGUCAGGUGUGGUUAUGCCACUCUCCAUCAUGUGGUGGACAAGUCCAAAGAGGAUCGUAUGGAGAGUUUCUUUCUCAGCGAAACCUGCAAAUACCUUUAUCUGCUCUUUGAUGAAGACAACCCUCUGCACAAGUCUGACAAUAAGUACAUCUUCACUACAGAAGGCCACAUUGUGCCAAUAGAUCAACGCUUCAGGGAGAAGAGUUGGGAAGAGCAAUACCCAUGUGAAGAGUCCAGCAAAGAGCCCCCAGCCAACAUAAGCAACUGUGAAAGGAUUUCUGAAGAGCGACGUUAUGGUCUUCCACUAAAGAGCAUGUACAUGAGGCAGAUUGACCACAUGGUGGGGUUGUCCUGACAUCAAUUCUGCCCCCCUGGAGCCCUGGAGGCAUCAACAUUUAACAAACCCCCUGGAGGGGUUCAGGAAUAAGACUCUUCAAAACAAAACUUUUCAGUCUCUUUUUGCACAGCGAGUGACAUUUUAUUUGGUCAGCAUGAUAUCUGAACACUGGUACCAGUUGUUCUUGUUUUAUGGACAUGAAGGUGUCCUUGAGUUGGACCAGGUUUUUGGAUUUGGUUGCAUAUUCGGAUCUGUACUGGAAAGGUCCUUGGCAUCAAAAUAUAAAAACGUUCAGGGCAGUUUGAGUCUUCGCAAAACCCAUUUUGAAAGGACUUUUUGAUUCUUGGGGCUGAUUUAUUUUUAUAUUGUGCAAUCUCGUGUGUUUACACACAAAGUUUUUCCUUGCACGUUUUCUUCAGUGCCAUGUUUCAUGACAACUUGAUCAAGUAUUAUAAAGGGCUUUGCUGGGUUGAGAGAUGGGUGUGCAUGUUUCAAUUUUCUUCUCAAUGAACAAGCUCUCGUAAGCUUUACACUUGAAAAACAGCUUUUUGUCCACUAUGCACCUUUCUGGAGCAAACAUACAAUAUGGACUUAAUUUAAUACAAAUCAGGCUGCUUUCUGACAAUUCUUUCACUUUGCAAUAUGACUUCUUUUUUCUUGUGCCUUGUUUAGAAAACUGUCCUGCUUUGCAUGGUUCCACUUUUUCAAUGGUUCCUUUUUUCUGUGGUUAGUCCAUUGUGAUGAAAUUGGAAAAGUUUUAUGUAGCCUAAAUGUUUGCCAAGUUUUUGAGAUCCACACUUAUUCAAGCUCAUGUCCUUUGACAAUGAUUUUCAAAGGACAUGGAUUGACUGAUUCAGGUCUGAACUUCUAGUAAUUAUAGACUUGUGAGCAAACAUGCUUAUUAACAUGCCAGACAAAUGCAACAAAAAUGUGGUAAAGCAGAUUUCGUAUCAAUUAUGUGGACCAAAAUUAACAACAUGUAACAAACACAUGUGCCUUUUACAAUUUGUGAAUUUUUGUUCUGUCCUCAGGAUUAGUAUGUGAUUAUGCUUCUUUUCUUCUUUUUAUGUAAUGCCUUGGUGGGUGAUACAGGUGGAAAUAUUUUCUGAACAAAGUCAUAAUAAGGGAUUAUGAGAAUGUUGAUCAAUAUGUUGUUAAGAUUAGAAUAAAAUGCAUUUCUUUGCUAUUACAAAUGAUAAUUUACUUGGGGCACAUACAAGGUUUAUUCUGGGUUGAUAUUUAUUCAAAGUUGAUUUUAUUUUAUUAACAGUGAUAACGUUAAUCUAUCUGUUGAUUUUAAUGUGAUUUAACCUUCAAGUAUUUGGUCCAGAUAGACCAAAGUGGAUGUCUACACUGUGUAUUUUAUCAAAUUAAAUUUAAAUCCAUGACUGUGCAAAGGCAAAAAUAAAGUUUCUAGUCAGGUAAUGUUAUGUUAUUACUAAUAUUGGGACAAUAUUACAGCCCUGUGAUAUUUAGGAGGUGUAAAUGAUGAUUAGCUUUGGUUCUUUUUUGUUUUAUGUACAGAAUUCAAAGCCAUUACAGAUACCGUAAUAUGCCUGGAUGUACAUGUAUUAUGAGAUUUUUAUUCACUAAUCAUAUUUUUGCACCAAGUAUUUUUACAUAAAAUUGUAUUAUGCUAUAGGUUUAAGCUAUAGCGCAAACAUCCCAACAUGCCAACAUCCUACACACAAGUUCCAAGACAAUUCAGAAUAAAAGAGAUUGAAAUAAUUGAUAAGGGUAUCACAAUGUUUUAUUCUCACCUGUAUCUCAUAUUAAGAAAAUUUGAAUGCGUAUGAUUAUAAUUGGUUGCACUGUAAUUUGAUGCCUCUUCUACUGUUUGUAGUACUGCUGCCAGGACAGUGAAAGAAAAUACACGAGGUUCAGUCCUUUCUACAGAAGCUUGAUUCAUUCAGUUUACAUUUACAUGGUUGUUUAUUAUUUCCCAGACAAUUGUGUCCUUUCAAUCAAUGUUGUAAUUUAAUCAAGUCAAUGUUUCUAACUGUAGCCCUGAGGUAAGUUGCAUAAAGAAAUGACAAUACAUGCUAUCAUUUCCAAGUCAUCCACCUUAUA